GCGCCCAGGCCGCGCCACGCGCCGGGCUCGCGGCGGAGCGCGCCGGACUGGUCGGGGCCCGCGGCCGCCCGCACCUUUCCAUGGGCAGCUCGCACUUGCUCAACAAGGGCCUGCCGCUCGUCAGACUUUGACCCCGCGCGGGCUUCCGUGGUCACCGUGGACGGGCGCCUGGGAGCUUUGGUUCAAGACAGUUAAAGACGUGGGAUGAGGACACAGUGACAGGCCGCGGUUCUGCCAGGGGACUGAAGACAGCCGCUUUGGACAGUUGAAUUCAUGGUCGCGGGAGCCGCGCCCAUACUGAGCGAUGGCAGGCGUCCGACCCCCGAUCAUGAACGGGCCCAUGCACCCCCGGCCCCUGGUGGCGCUGCUGGACGGCCGGGACUGCACGGUGGAGAUGCCCAUCCUGAAGGACGUGGCGACCGUGGCCUUCUGUGACGCGCAGUCCACACAGGAGAUCCACGAGAAGGUCCUGAACGAGGCCGUGGGCGCGCUGAUGUACCACACCAUCACGCUGACCAGGGAGGAUCUGGAGAAGUUCAAGGCUCUGCGGAUAAUCGUGCGCAUCGGCAGCGGCUUCGACAACAUUGACAUCAAGUCGGCCGGGGACCUAGGAAUUGCCGUCUGCAACGUGCCGGCCGCGUCCGUGGAGGAGACCGCCGACUCCACCGUGUGCCACAUUCUCAACCUGUACCGCAGGACCGCGUGGCUGCACCAGGCGCUGCGGGAGGGCACGCGCGUCCAGAGCGUCGAGCAGAUCCGGGAGGUGGCCUCCGGGGCCGCCAGGAUCCGCGGCGAGACCCUGGGCGUCAUCGGACUAGGGCGUGUGGGGCAGGCAGUGGCACUGCGGGCCAAGGCUUUCGGCUUCAACGUGCUCUUCUACGACCCCUACCUGGCGGACGGCACAGAGCGAGCGCUGGGGCUGCAGCGGGUCAGCACGCUGCAGGACCUGCUCUUCCACAGCGACUGCGUGACCCUGCACUGCGGCCUCAACGAGCACAACCACCACCUCAUCAACGACUUCACCGUCAAGCAGAUGAGGCAAGGGGCCUUCCUGGUGAACACGGCCCGGGGAGGCCUGGUCGACGAGAAGGCGCUGGCCCAGGCCCUGAAGGAGGGGCGGAUCCGUGGCGCGGCCCUGGACGUGCACGAGUCGGAGCCCUUCAGCUUUAGCCAGGGCCCCUUGAAGGACGCACCCAACCUGAUCUGCACCCCGCAUGCGGCCUGGUACAGCGAGCAGGCCUCCAUUGAGAUGCGUGAGGAGGCGGCCAGGGAGAUCCGGCGAGCCAUCACAGGCCGGAUCCCUGACAGCCUGAAGAACUGCGUCAACAAGGACCACCUGGCAGCUGCCACCCACUGGGCCAGCGUGGACCCCGCCGUGGUGCACCCCGAGCUCAAUGGGGCCGCCUACAGCAGGUACCCCCCGGGCGUGGUGGGCGUGGCUCCCAGCGGCAUCCCGGCCGCCGUGGAGGGCAUCGUCCCCAGCGCGAUGUCCCUGUCCCACGGCCUGCCCCCCGUCUCCCACCCUCCCCACGCUCCUUCUCCCGGCCAAACCGUCAAGCCCGAGGCGGAUCGAGACCACGCGAGCGACCAGUUGUAGCCGGGGCGGAGCUCUGCAGCCUGGGCGCCGGCCGAGCGCUGGGCGGGUGUGUGCAGGCGCGGUGCCUGCGGUGGCCGGGCCUCCGGAGGCGGGCCGGGCGCCGGGGCU